AUGAUUCCCGGGAAACUCCGCUCUGUUUCUGGCCGGGCUACGAGCAACGUGAACUGUGGGCUUCACCUGGUUAUUCAAACAUCAUCUUUUCCUGAGAAAAACAAAGUUGAAUUAAGGCUAAAUAAAGAAACACCAUCAUUCCCUGGUCGACUCUUACAACAUGACCUUGAAAGAAACUACUCAAGUCGGCAAGCAAACGUGACAGAACUGUAUGGGCUGGACAUGAAAACUACCACGAACUCCUUAUCAGCAUUUGGAGAUUCUUCCAUUCAGAUACCUUCCAAGUCCAGAAUCCGGCAGGGCUGUCAUAGUGCUGGCCCAAGUGUAUCUGGUGAUCAUAUUAAUUUGGUGAGCUCAUCAGUGUCAUCAUUUCACAUUCUCCAGCGUUCUUCUGAAGAGAAAAUUCUUUACUCAGAUAGACUGACCCUAGAAAGGCAAAAGCUGACUGUAUGUCCUGUUAUCGAUGGGGAAGAACACCUUCGUUUAUUGAACUUCCAACACAAUUUUAUAACUCGAAUCCAAAAUAUUUCUAAUCUACGGAGGCUAAUAUUCUUGGAUUUAUAUGAUAACCAUAUAGAAGAAAUUAGUGGGCUUUCUACUCUCAGAUCCCUUCGUGUCCUUCUGUUGGGGAAAAACAGAAUCAAGAAAAUCUCAAAUCUGGAGAAUCUAAAAAGUUUAGAUGUCUUGGACCUUCAUGGAAAUCAGAUUGCCAAAAUCGAAAAUAUCAAUCAUUUGUGUGAUUUGAGAGUUUUAAACCUUGCCAGGAACCUUUUAAGUCAUGUUGAUAAUCUUAAUGGGCUGGAUUCACUAACUGAACUGAACUUGCGACACAAUCAGAUUACUUUUGUGAGAGAUGUGGAUAAUUUACCCUGCCUCCAACGUCUGUUUCUCAGCUUCAACAAUAUAUCUAAUUUUGAGAGUGUUUGCUGCCUUGCUGAUUCUCCUUCUCUCUCAGACAUCACUUUUGAUGGCAACCCCAUAGCUCAGGAGCCAUGGUACAAGCACACUGUUCUUCAGAACAUGCUGCAGCUGCGCCAGCUGGAUACAAGGAGAGUCACGGAAGAAGAAAGGCGAAUGGCAUCUGUUGUAGCCAAAAAAGAGGAAGAGAAGAGGCGGGAAAGUCAUAAACAAUCCUUGCUUAAGGAGAAGAAAAGGUUAACAAUUAACAACAUAGCAAGACAGUGGGACUUGCAACAUCCAGUAACCAAUAUUGCUACAAAUGAAGAUAGAAAAAAUUCUGAUUCUCCUUCUCUGGACCCCUGUCUGAUGGAUGGAAGCACCACCUCUGCAUUUCCAGAGGAAACAGGGUCUCUGGACUCAGUACUCACCAAUGCUUUACAAGCCUUAUCUGUCACAGACACGCACCUUGUUGAUGUGGAUGGGGACACACUUUCCCUGUAUGGCUCAGGAGCACUGGAAUCUCUAGAUCGGAAUUGGAGCAUUCAAACAGCAGGAAUGGUGACAACAGUGUCCUUCACUUUCAUAGAAUUUGAUGAAAUCGUCCAAGUGCUGCCCAAAUUGAAGAUGAAGUUUCCUAAUUCUCUGCACCUUAAAUUCAAGGAAACAAAUCUUGCAAUGCUACAACAGUUUAACGCAUUAGCACAACUCCAUCGUGUUGACCAGUUGACAAUUGAUCCUCAAGGAAAUCCAGUUGUCAAUUUUACACUGUGGAAAUACUAUGUACUAUUUAGGCUGAGCCAUUUUAAUAUGCAGAAAAUAAAUGAGACAGAGGUGACACAGAACGAUAUGAUAAUGGCUGAAAGACUCUUUGGAAUCCUAGCUCAUGUAGCAUCUUCUGAGUUACCCCAUUACCGAGUGAUUUCAAUUCUGGGUGAUGCCAGGAAGAAACAAUUCCGCUAUCUACAAGAAACGAAGGGGAAAAAACAUGGUAUUGUUAAUGAAGAAAAUAAUGAUAGCAAAAGAUUUGUAGGAGAAAAUACAAAUCGUGCUAUGCUAAAUUAUACCACAAGAGACUUUUAUAAUGAAAAGCUAGAGGAAACAAAGGAAAAAAAGAAAUUCUGCAAAAUUUACAUAGAGGACCUUGUGAAGGAAGCCACAGAAAUCAACAUGAAGAAAGAGGCUUUGCAGAAGCUUUGGCCACAGAUGUUCAUUGAGCUUGUUAGGGAUGCAGUCUUGGAAACUCGCAACAAAAAUUCCUAUAUGAAGUUUUGCCUACAGCAAAUAGCUGACCAAAAAUAG